UUUAUCUUAGUUAUUAACCGAGCUAGGGUCUAUGCAGUAAAGCCCACGUGGUGGCUUUGCACAGAGUGUCCACUGUGCCCACUCUGUACCAAUGGAUUCCUCAAGGAAAACGUCGAACAGCAGGUCCAGUGGAUAUAAAUCACAGGAUGGAAAGAGCCGCUCAUACCACGAUGACCACAAUAGCCCAAAUAAAAAGCAACUUACAAGGGUAAACUCCAAGGAUGGCUAUGGACAUAGUGAUCGAAACACUAAGAAGGACCACUCUCGGGAUAAUGCUAGUGAAGCUUCUGUGGAAGUACAGAAAAAUGAACCGACCCUGAAGAAGGAGAUUGACCUCUCAGUGCCAUCCACAGUCGAGAACAACAGUAUCAUAGAAGGGCUAGCACUGCAGAGACUCUGCGAUGAAAAACCUGAUAUUGACAUCCUGGUGACUACAUUAAUGCAGCUGUAUGAUUCAAUGGAUAAACCAGUGGCACAACAAGAGCUCUUAGAUAAGAUUGAAGUAACGGGACUCCGCUUAAGGGCCAAGCUUGAUUCAGAUGUUAUACGUGCUGCGUGGCGAUUUAAGGAUGCUAUACAACACGCCAGGCAUGUAGCAGUUAAACGCCGGUGCCUAAACGACAAUGUACCGAAGCUUUAUCGUAACCUAGAACUUAGUUGCUCUAGACGACUGUGGAAUAAGAGUGUCAAUGACCAUUACGAUAAGAUGUACAAGGUCAUCACUAAAAUACCCAGCGUACCACAACUUAAACACCGGCAACAGCAGAUUAUAUCCAGACAGGAGCAUAUAAAAUCACAAAUCGCAGCAUUGAAGCAACAAAUUAUCGCACAAAGAUCGCAACUGGAAGAUAUAUCAAACAUGCUUACUAAUACAACGGUGCCCGAGACACCAAGUACCGUGUGAAGUAACACAAUUGAACUAG